AAGGCAGCGGCAGCUAGCUAGCUCGCUCGCUCGCUCGCUCGUCCGUCGCCUGCCUUUACUCGCGGCUAGGUUCGUUCCGUUCGCUAGGCAAGCCAAGAGUUGACUUGGCUCCGAAAGCUCAGUGUUCCUUCGCGGUUCCAAACAUACGAACGCCUCUCGCGUUUCGCGCUCCUCUCGUCUAUGCGACAAUAUCGUCGAACAAGUUUUUUUGUUAUUCUUCGAUUUCCCUUUUUUGCUCGUUCGGGGAUACAUUGAAAAUUUUCUUCGGAACUUUUGUUCACUUUUCAUCGUCGAUUUACGUUGUCACGGAUGCGCGAUAACGAAUCCACGCGACGUUCGUACCUUCGACUAAUUGACUCGAGUCGAAUGAUAAUCAAUUUUGUGGACACGUGAACAAUUUUUUUCAUCGUUCGUCGCGGUGUACUAUACGUACGGAGUGACGAUAUUCGUACAUCAUUCGAUCGGUAUCGUUAAUGUAACCGAUGAAAUUGUGCUACGGAUUGACGAAGAAAAAUUUUUCUCAAACAAACGCGGUAACGAACGAGUAAAUAAAAAAGCCAAAAAAUCGGCCGCCGAUCGUGUUUAAUCGGAGUUGAAGGAAAUCACGAAUCUGAAGAAUCGAAUAUAAACGCGCGCGACCUAACGCAACUACAUAUAUAUAUAUACACACAUACUGUAUAUGGUAUAUAAGAACGUGAAACGGUGUACCGCGUACAUACUCGUGUACACCUAUUCGCUAUUACUUUCCACGAUAAUAGAUAUGAAAGUAAACUGUACACACGGAAUAAUCAAUGACAUUUAUUCGAAAAAAUGAAAACGAAAAAAACACAGUGCCAAUUGUUCAUGGAGAAUAGUGAUUUUCUAUUCUCUGUCAAAUUUCUUUUCGAUAUCGUCCGACGUAUGCAAUUAUUCUCGAUAUAUUGUUAGAUUUGAAAAGAAAGAAGAAAGAAAAAAAAAACAUUUCUUUUUUUUGGUUAUUCGAUAUCCAUAAAAUCUUUUAACAAAAUUAACGAAUAAUUUUUAAUUAUUUACACACGUGCUGAGUCGAUUGGAUCGAUCGAUCGGAACUAUAAUAAAUAUAAAAUAAGAAUUCUAUUUCUCAACGAAAGUUUCGUUCUCUGUAUAAAACUUUUUCACACCACAUAUAUGCAUACAAUCGCAGGUAUAUAUAUGUGUGUAUAUAUAUAGAAAUGAGAAAACUUUCUUUCGUUGAUUUAAAAAUAAUUGUAAUUUAAAAAAACGAUCGACCGUUUUUAAUCAAAGUUAUAACACAAAAUAUACAUCGUACGUUAUUCUUUGUCACUACAUAACGUAUAUAUACAUAUAUAUAUAUGUGUAUACAUAUUAUUUGUAUAUCUUACACAUAUGCGAUCAAACCGAGCUGUAGUUGCAUUCGCGGCAGUUGGCAAGGUUUCAUUUAAUUUAGUCGACGUAUCCUAUAUGCAUAUGUCCAGCGGUGUAAUCGCGAACAGUUGACCGGUAAACGGGACUUUUUCGAAUUGAAAGCAAAAGAAACUGUAUAAACAAUAAUAACAAUAAUAAUAAACGACAAUUGUUGUUAUUACAAUAAGAGAAACAACAACGACGGUUAAAAGUGCAGUGAAACACCAUCGUUUACGCGUCCAGUUCGAAUGUUAUCAAAUAUUCGUUAAUUGCGUCGUUCGUAAUAUUUGACACUUACACACGCGGUGUUAAUUUUUUUGUUUAAUUAAUUAAUUUUUGUUUUAUUUUUCGUUCGAAAUCUUAUUCUGCUUGACGACAUUUCGAAACAAUUCACCUUGUACGUUUCUCAAUGAAAACACAAACGGAAUGCAAUGUAAAAGAAAUGUUGUUCUACACAAUAAUCCGAGAGAAUUUUUAAACGACAAUAAUAAUAACAAUAAUAGUUUAUAUCCUAAUUUAUUUAUAAUUUAAUCGGAACGACCGUCAGUUGCCGACAGUCUGCGACGGGAUUAAGUUCACUUUCUUUCAAAAUUUGUUGGGAGAGAAUUUUUUUUCUUCUUCUUUAAUUUUCCGCACUCGUGUUUUGAGAAAUAAAAAAAAAAAAAUUAUCCUUUUGAAAGUUGCGGAUUUCUAACAACUUUUUGAUGCGUAUCAACCUUCGAUAUACCUGAACGUGAAUCGAAUUUUCUAACGGAUGUUGAUAAUUUUAAAUAACAAAGUUUUCGUAAAACAAAUAAAAAGUGUGUGACAUAGAGGGUGUUCUAGUAUAUAAAGGUAGAAAAACGAAUAAAACGAAAGAAUUGUAAAAGUGUGCCUUUUUUUGUUUUUUUUUUUCUUUUCGUCGACACGAGGAAGGAGCAGAAAUUUUUCAUCGCAACAAUUUAUAGGAGAUACCGCUCGAUCAUUAGAGGACACUGGUAAUCGGAAGGUGCGACGAGGGAGGAGGGAGAAGGUUUCGGGAGGAUAGGAGGUGAUUUUGGAUGUUAGAAGGCGAGGGGGUGGCUAGUCAGGCCCCACCGCCAGGUACGGGUCCUAAUGCCGGUCCCCGUAUCGCAAUCUCUCACGCUAACCACAACCCUCAUACCCAAAGAGGAGACUACGAUGCCAUUUAUAGACGACGAGUUACUCUGGUGCCCUGACAACGACGGCAAAAUGGUGGAUCUCACCCAAUGUCUUCAGGAAAGCGGUUCCGGACAAGCCGACGAAUUUUCCACAAUGGAAUUGAACGUGUUAGUCGGCGCUACCGGGGGUCCCGGAACGAAUUCCGGAUCCUCGGAGGAGGGAGAAGAGAUGUCGGGUGUCACGGGGGAGGAACCCUUCGACACACUGGACACCUUUCUCAGAGAAUUACAAGCUGACCUAGCCGAAGCUAGUCAACCAACUUCAACUACUACGCCCAUUAACUCGUACAGAAGACAAAGGUAUAACAUUGCCGCUGCAAAUCCGUUGUUAGCAGAAAAACUGGCAGCACCUUCUUCCCAAUCAGUUCCAACGCCUAUGGGAUACGCGGCGAGAGCGGAAAUAAAAACGGAGGAUAUACAGCCGGAAACCAGUAAAGUCGACACGAGGGAAGUGCAGCCUCACGAUACGGGAGAGAAGGAAAUUUUGGGACUGGCCACCGUCAAAGCCGAGCCAGGAUCCACGACGGGGGCGAGACUACUUCACGGCAUAUUGUCGCAACAUCCACAGCAACACGGUAUCGGAUUGCAAAAUGGAUACGGACGUCACCUGAACAAUGCUCACGGACAACUCGGACAACAGUCUUAUUCCGGGGGAACUCUGGCCACGACAAAUACACCCGGGGGUGGCGGCGGAUCCCUGCCAGCCAGUCCGGCCGACAGCGGAGUCAGCGACGUCGAGUCCAGCACAUCGUCCGGCGGCAACGACGACGCAAAUCUAUUGCUCAAAGCCCGGCUAAAUCCAAAUUCAGCUUUACAGUCGACACUGGCGUCCCACCACUCUCAUCUGACCACAGCUUUGGGCAGAUCGGCGUGUCACAGUCCCGGCGUUUAUCCGACAACAGGGGGAUUCUUGGCGCCAUCUUACCAUCAUCAUCACCAUCAACACUCGGCGGCCCCGUAUCACCAUACCCACAGAAGCAGCCCGCCCCAUCAUCAUCACGGUAAUCACGGUAUGGGACCGACCAUGGGACCACCACCCGGACACCAUCACCAUCAUCAUCAACACCAAAGUCUGCAACAUCUUCACUACCGACAGCCACCGACACUAUCGGAAAGCUACAGUAAUUACGUAAGUUCUAUGUACGGAGGAGGAGGACAAUUCGCCACACCUUGUACACCCAGCCCUCCCAGAGGACCUGGCGGUGUACCAACAAGCGUAAUUCAGGCAGCGACGAGUUCGGUAUCGGACGACCUCUACCUCCUUGAACUUGGUUUCCAACCAAGGCCAAAGAAGAACAAGCUGAAGAAACCGAGGCAGGGCGAAGGCGGCGCGGCUGUUAAGCGAAAAUCGAGGGAAGGAUCGACGACCUACCUUUGGGAAUUUCUUCUGAAACUUUUGCAAGACAGGGAAUACUGCCCCCGAUACAUCAAAUGGACGAACAGAGAGAGAGGGGUGUUCAAACUCGUGGAUAGCAAAGCUGUUUCCAGACUGUGGGGAUUGCACAAGAACAAACCUGACAUGAACUAUGAAACUAUGGGACGUGCUCUGAGAUAUUAUUAUCAAAGAGGUAUAUUGGCCAAGGUUGACGGUCAGCGUUUGGUUUACCAAUUUGUCGACGUUCCUAAGGAUAUAAUAGAGAUCGAUUGUACGGGAGCGUGAGAUCAGGCCUCGCCCUGGCGAAAGCUCGGAAAAUACGAUAAUAGAAUGAAAAUGAGAAUUGUUCAAGCGAGAUUACAGAGCGAUAGGAACUCGACGAAUUUGAAUACAAAUUCGACUAAUGGUUCGUCUCGUCGGCAGGAUGAUUUGCCGACAUGGCAUAUUCCUCAGAUAAUCUAAGCCACCCUCCCUGACUCUGUUAUUCAUUGUAUUUGUAUUAUAUAAUAGGUAUAAUAAUGGAUAAGUGGAGAUUUUUUAUUAACUUUAAAUUUUACGUAUAUAAAUUUGUAGUUUAUUGAUUAGAGUUUUUUAAAUUUGUACAAAAUUUAGUUCGUACAUCGUAAAUGGUCGGAUAUAUUUAGUAAGGGACAAAUUACUUAACUUAUGAAGAAAAUGAUAUAAAAAAUGAAGAAAAAAUGAAAAUGAUAAUGAAAAUGAUGAAAAACAAAAAAAAAAAGAAGAAGAAGAAGAAAAUUGUACAUUUGCAAAAUGGUAAAUUAUUUAUUGUACAUUAGAUGAUGAUUAUACCUAAUAAAUUGUUAAAGGAAAGUUUAAAUGAAACGAAAUGAGGGCUGUGAAAUGGUUUAGAAGAAGCGUUAAAGUUUGACGGAGCGAGCUCAGGGAGGGAUACAUACUAUAUUUUUUUAAUAACGGAAAACGCGACUGCUUAAAACUUGCUGAGGGUUAUUAAUUGACGUAUGGUGCUGGCUAUACACACGAGGUCCAACAAUGUUAUUUAGAGAAAAAAAAAAAAAACAAGGAAAACAAGAAAAAAAAACAACACAUUUUAAAAUAAACUAGCAUUAACUAAUAUGAAUAGAAAUUACUGAAAAAAAAAGAAAAUAUAAUAUACCCAUUUAUCUCUGUAUAUAUACAAAGUAUACCAUACCCACAUUACACAAAUAUAUAUACUUAUAUAUAUUAUUAAAUAUUAUUAUAUAUAUAUUUAAAUAUAUAUUAUAUAUAUGAAUAAAAAAUUGAAUAGGUAUAUUGUAUGUUACGUAGUAAAUUAAUGGCACUGAAGUGUGUAUGAAUCUGAAAAUUGCAACGAAAAAAGGAUUUUCUUGCCCCAGGGUAUUUAGGAAAAAAGUAAAUAAAAAACAAAA